AUGCGGCGCCGCGUGCUGGACGUGCUGUCGGGCACGGCUCGCACCAGCCUCGAGCUCAGCCGCAGCUUCGAGCAGGUGGUGGGGCUGGAGCCCGACCGCGACCUGCUGCAGCUCGGCCAGCAGCUGCGCCAGGUCGGCCACUGCGUCUACAGCUUCUCCGAGGAGGGCGGCGACGCGGCCGUUCCGCUCACCGCCAAGCUCGACCACCAGUUCGAGUGUGAGCGGGUGAAGUUGUGUGGCACCCCUGACGCGGCGGAUAUGUGUCGGCAGGAGUGUGAGCGGGUGGAGUUGUGGGGCACCCCCGACGCGGCGGAUGAGUGUGAGCGGGUGGAGUUCUGGCCGGACGACCCGUGUCAGCUACCGCGCGGCUUCAGCCAGUUCGGCUGCGUACUGGUGGCGGACACGCUUACCCAGCUCAGUGCGCCGGCCGACUUCCUGGCGGCCGUGCAUCAGUACGUGGUCACCGACGGCUGUCUGGUGAUCGCCUCCAACUACGACUGGGGUAGCAGCCACCUGCCCAAGAGCGCCUGGCUGGCCGUCGGCGAGGACGAGUCGACGUUCUACGCGCUGCAGACGCUGCUGGAGCCGCACUUCGAGUGCGUGGCCGCCCACUAG